CAAGGGAUCACAGGAACUGGUCAUGAAUGGCGUAAAGCUGGGUGUGCCGCUGUUUACACAAACUCAGUGUAUUCUCUAAAAAUCGUGUACUUUGCUCUUUCCUUUCUGCCACCGCCAUGCCAUCCAGACUGAGGAAGACCCGGAAACUCCGGGGCCACGUGAGCCACGGCCAUGGCCGCAUUGGUAAACACCGCAAGCAUCCAGGAGGACGCGGGAACGCUGGAGGCAUGCAUCAUCACAGGAUCAACUUCGACAAAUAUCCAGGUUACUUCGGGAAAGUUGGUAUGAGGCAUUACCACUUAAAGAGGAACCAGAGCUUCUGCCCGACUGUCAACCUGGAUAAACUGUGGACACUGGUCAGUGAGCAGACCCGGGUCAACGCAGCCAAGAACAAGACUGGAGUUGCUCCCAUCAUUGACGUCGUGCGAUCGGGCUACUACAAAGUUCUGGGGAAGGGAAAGCUUCCUAAGCAGCCUGUCAUCGUGAAAGCCAAAUUUUUCAGCAGAAGAGCUGAAAAGAAGAUAAAGGGUGUUGGAGGUGCCUGUGUUCUGGUGGCUUGAAGCCAUUCAGGGAGGCCAAUUAAAUGCUAACAUUUUCCAGGUGAAAAAAAAAAUCGUGUACUUUAUUGGGGUGAACUCCAAGGCAUA